UCGAUGGUUCCAUCGAUAGAUUUCCCAGCUCUAGAAGGGACGCCGCUGAAUUUUCGUUAAAAUAUUUAAUUUGUGUUAAUAACAAAAAAAAAAGAAGAAAUGCGUCCUCCAGAGUUUAAGCUAAAUAAUCCUCCUGAUGACCUGAUCUCGGCGGUUAAGUUUGGACCCAAGUCCAACCAAUAUAUGGCCGCGUCUUCCUGGGACGGAACACUGCGAUUUUACGAUGUGGCGGCAAAUCAAAUGCGCCAAAAAUUUGUGCAAGAUGUCCCCAUUUUGGAUUGCGCCUUCAUGGACAUCGUGCAUGUGGCCAGUGGGUCAUUGGACAAUACGUUGCGCCUGUUCGAUGUUAACACCCAGACAGAGACCGUGGUUGGAAGUCACGACGAGCCCAUCCGCUGCGUGGAGCAUGCUGAAUAUGUGAAUGGCAUCUUGACUGGCAGCUGGGAUAAGAAUGUCAAGUUAUGGGAUAUGCGUGAGAAACGCUGCGUCGGUUGCUUUGAACAAAACAAUGGCAAAGUCUACUCCAUGUCAGUGAUUGACGAGAAGAUUGUGGUGGCCACCUCCGAUCGCAAGGUGCUUAUUUGGGAUUUGCGUAAACUGGAUAGUUAUAUCAUGAAGCGGGAAUCGUCACUCAAGUAUCAAACGCGCUGCAUUCGACUGUUUCCCAACAAGGAAGGCUAUGUGAUGUCUUCCAUUGAAGGUCGUGUGGCAGUGGAGUAUCUGGAUCACGAUCCUGAGGUACAGCGACGCAAAUUUGCAUUUAAGUGCCACCGCAAGAGGGAUAACAACAUCGAAGAAAUCCAUCCCGUGAAUGCUUUAAGUUUCCACAAUGUCUAUCACACAUUUGCCACCGGCGGCUCCGAUUGCAUCGUCAACAUUUGGGACGGCUUCAACAAGAAGCGUUUAUGUCAGUUCCAUGAGUACGACACCUCAAUAUCUACGCUAAACUUUAGCUACGAUGGCAGUGCCUUAGCCAUUGGCUGCUCUUACCUGGAUCAGCAGCCUGAGACGCCUGCUACGGUGCCCCAUCCGACAAUUUAUAUACGUUACCCCACGGAUCAGGAAACCAAACAGAAAUAAUUCAUUCAAUCCAUGAGCACAGUUAAUAUUCAUAAUUAUAAUAUAUACAUAUAUACAAAAUCAGUUAA